AUGGCAACAUCAGCAAGUGACCCCAACAAUCCAGGCAACACUCUGGCAUCGGCCGUGGACGCAGAAAUCGCCAAGUUUCGUGAACUCCAAGAGCAGCUCCAUGGGUUACGAGGCGACCUUCAAGUGGUCAUGGGUCAACAAACGGAGAACGAAAUGGUGCAGACGGAAUUGAAUUUGCUCAAGGACGACGUUGUCUACAAGCGCGUGGGACCCGCUCUAGUGCGUCAAGAAUUGGACGAUGCCAAGGAGACUGUAUCCAAGCGAUUGGAAUUUAUUUCCAAGGAGCAAGACAAACUCAAGGCCAAAAUGAGCGCCAUGGAAAAACAGCUCGAUGAAAAGGGACGAAAGAUUGCCGGCAUGCAGACCGAUAUGCAGCGUAUGACGGCUCAAGCCGUGCAAGCGAUUCAGCAGCAACAUACUCAACAAAAGGCGAGCUAG